AGUUGCCCGAGCUGAUUUGUGACAUGGAUGUUUCGCCUGUAUUCAUUUAGCCUUCUCGAAAACUGGGCAAGAGGAAAGGUGCAUUUAUUUAGUCGAUGUAAGAACGGUGUCCAAGAGAGGAAUCAGGCCUCUCAGGGGACCGAAGCGACAUACCGUUAGCUAGCGACAGCUAGCUGCCGUCUAGCAUUUAGCUAGCCAACUGGCUAGCUAAUUGCGGCAGUCAUGGAAGAGUUCGCCGUGGAAGUCCGAGAGACCAGUGGAGCCUUUUACAAGGCAUUUGUGAAGGACGUACAUGACGAUUCUGUCACUGUGACAUUCGAGAAUAAUUGGCAGCCAGAGCGACAGGUUCCCUUCCACGAUGUUCGUCUUCCCCCACCAACAGGUUUUCACAAGGACAAAGUGCUGAACGAGAGUGAUGAAGUUGAGGUAUAUUCCAAAGCCAAUGAGAAGGAGCCUUGUGGAUGGUGGUUGGCGAAGGUACGAAUGAUGAAGGGAGAGUUUUAUGUUAUAGAGUAUGCAGCCUGUGACACCACCUUAAAUGAAAUUGUCACAUUAGAACGACUACGUCCUGUGAACCCUCACAAGCCGGCUACGAAAAAUGCCUUUCUCAAAAUCACACUGGAUGUGCCUGAGGACCUACGGCAAAUGUGUGCAAAGGAUUCCACGCAUAAAGAUUUCAAAAAGGCAGUUGGAGCCUUCCGUGUGAAAUACGAUUCGGACAAAAAGCAGCUUGUUCUUCUGUCUGUGAAUGAAGUCACUACCAAGAGGGCGGCGAUGCUGACCGACAUGCAUUUUAGGAGCUUGCGCACAAAGCUAUCUCUGAUGCUGCGGAAUGAGGAAGCAAGUCGACAGUUGGAAAGCUCCAGGCAGCUGGCAUCCCGUUUUCAUGAACAGUUUGUGGUUCGAGACGACCUGAUGGGGCUGGCCAUUGGCACCCAUGGUGUCAACAUCCAGCAGGCCAGGAAGGUACCUGGGGUGACCGCCAUUGACCUGGAUGAGGAGACAUGCACAUUCCACAUCUACGGAGAGGACCAAGAAGCAGUGCAAAAGGCAAGAAGUUACCUUGAAUUCUCAGAAGAUGUACUCAAAGUACCCAGGAAUUUAGUAGGGAAGGUCAUUGGCAAAAACGGAAAACUAAUUCAGGAGGUUGUGGACAAAUCUGGAGUCGUCAGAGUUCGCAUCGAGGCAGAGGGCGACAAGAAGACCUCACAAGACGAGCAAGGCCUGGUCCCGUUCGUGUUCGUGGGAACAAAAGAAAGCAUUGCCAAUGCCCGCGUUCUUCUCGACUAUCACCUGAAUUACCUGAAGGACGUGGACCAGCUCCGUAUGGAGAGGCUUCAGAUCGACGAACAGCUUCGACAGAUCAGCGGGGGGCCCAGGACAUCUGCGGGACGUUCCGAUAAAGAGAAGGGGUUCAUCGCAGACGAUGCUGUGGGACCCUCACGGGGCAGGAAGCCUUUUGGACGAGGAGGGCGUGGUAGACGAGGACUCAGCUUUGCAUCAGGCACUAACUCUGAAGCCUCUAACGCAUCAGAGACAGAGAUGGACCACAAGGACGAGCUAAGCGACUGGUCCCUGGCCCCUGCUGAUGAGGAGGGCGGAGGGUACCCCAGACGAGGCGAUGGGCGCAAGCGGGGUGGGGGCCCCCGGGGGAGAGGGGGCAGGGGGAGAGGAGGCGGUGUCUACAAAGGGAAUGAAGACACACAGUGGAGUGAGUCCUGGUUACAUAAUUCCAGAGACACAAAACAAAGGCCACAGGAUGACUCACUGCAGGUCCGAGUCAACGGCAACAACGAGAGGAGUAUCCGCAGUAAAGCGCUUCAGGGCCCCUCAGCCGACGGAGGAGCGGGAGGAGUCGGCGGUGGUGGCGCCGGGGGCCGGCAGAGACCCCCAAAGGAGCGAGCGGCGAAGAAAGAGAAGCAGGACAGCCCGGAGCCCCCCAGAGGGCUGCUGAAUGGCGUGUCAUAGAAACCGCCUGACACCAGCCUCCUGCAGCGUUCCCCUCAUCCGCCGGCUUCUUCACUAGACACCGUUAGCAGGGAGGCUGCAAAAUUGAAAAGGAGCACAUUCUCUGACUGACUGAUAUCGGCUCCCGCAGUGGAUUAGGAGGUUUACUGGAUGUCAGCAGGGACGAAUGCAGGAAUGCUUGGAAGUUUGUUUAAGGUUGGCAGUGAGAGGGAGGAGAAUAUUCUGAUUGAACUGAACAAUUACAAACUGUAGGGCAAAGUGUAAAAACAUUCUCAAAGGUUAGGGUUUAAUACUUUGUGCUCCAUAGCAUUUGAAAUAUUUCAGAUUUUUUUUCCAACCAUAAGGGUUGUCGAACAAGCACUCGACAUCAGCAUUGCUGCCAUUAGCAUGGUGUGCA